AACCAUUUCCAUUGUCCCCUCAGUUCUCAAAGGGCCUAUUCCAAAGCAAUAAAUAUUUCAAAUCUUUAUUUGAUUCUCUCCUUUUCAAAAAGAAAAGCUAGGAAAAAUGGGUUCAAUUAGACCCCAUGCAGUUUGCAUCCCAUACCCUGCACAGGGCCACAUUAACCCCAUGCUACAACUGGCCAAGAUCCUCCACCACCACGGCUUCCACAUCACCUUCGUCAACACCGAGUUCAACCACCGCCGCCUCCUCCGCUCUCGCGGCCCGGACUCCCUCCGCGGGCUCCCGUCGUUCCGGUUCGAAACCAUCCCCGACGGGCUGCCCCCGACGGAGUCCGACGCCACCCAGGACGUGCCCUCCCUUUGCGCGUCCACGACCACGACCUGCUUGGGCCCCUUCAGGGAACUCCUCGCCAGGCUUAAUCGAAACAGCGACGCGCCGCCGGUUUCCUGCGUCGUCUCCGACGGCGUGAUGAGCUUCACCCUCGCGGCGGCGGAGGAAAUCGGCGUCCCGGAUGUGUUCUUCUGGACCACCAGCGUGGGUGGCUUCUUGGGGUACAUGCAGUACCCGGAACUCAUCCGCAGGGGAUACGUCCCUCUCAAGGAUGAGAGCUGCCUGACAAAUGGGUAUCUCGAGACGGAGCUGGACUGGAUAAAGGGCAUGAAAGACAUUCGCCUGAGGGAGCUCCCCACCUUCUUUAGGACCACAGACCCAGACGAUAUCAUGCUGAACUUCGUCCUCCAAGAAACUGGGAGGGCCAGGAAGUGCUCCGCCAUCCUCUUCAACACCUUCGACGAUUUGGAAGGCGAAGCUCUCGCCGCCCUCCAGCCCGGGCUCCCGCCCCUCUACGCCGUCGGCCCCUUGCACCUCAUCCAGGAGAAGGUGGUCGCGGACGGCGGCGUCAGGUCCCUGGCGUCGAACCUCUGGAAGGAGGACGGCGCCUGCCUCGACUGGCUCGGCGCCUUCGCGCCAGGCUCCGUCGUCUACGUCAACUUCGGGAGCAUCGCGGUGAUGACCCCGGCCCAGCUCUCGGAGUUCGCGUGGGGCCUGGCGAACUCCGGGAGGCCGUUCCUGUGGGUGCUCCGCCCCGACGUCGUGGCGGGGGAGUCCGCGGCGCUCCCGCCGGAGAUUGUGGAGGAGACGAGGGGCCGGGGGAUGAUCUCCGGGUGGUGCCCGCAGGACAGGGUCCUGGCCCACCCGGCGGUCGGGGGGUUCCUGACCCACUCCGGGUGGAACUCGACCCUCGAGAGCAUAUGCAACGGCGUGCCGAUGCUGUGCUGGCCGUUCUUCGCGGAGCAGACGACGAAUAGCCGGCUCUCGUGCGCCGAGUGGGGGGUCGGGAUGGAGAUCGACGGGGACGUGAGGAGGGAGGUGGUGGAGGGGCUGGUGAGGGAGCUGAUGGAGGGGGAGAAGGGGAAGGAGAUGAAGAGGAAAGCCAUGGAAUGGAAGAAGCUGGCUCAAGAAGCUGCGACUGUUCCCACGGGCUCAUCCGCCAUUAAUAUACAAAAGCUCAUCAAUCACCACCUCUCAUCUCCUCCAAAACAGCUUUAAUUCAGACGGGGUAAUAUUUUAUUUUAUUUACUCAAAUUUGAUUCCAUUUCUAUUCAAUAAAAUUUAAUUUGCCUCACCAGUUCGGUAAUAAAGUACUAUUAUGUCCCAUUUGGUACAUGAAAUUCAAACUAUAGAAUUGGAAUUGAGAACUUCAAUUCCAGUUCUAGUGUUUGGUAGCACAAAAAUUAUGUGGAUUUGGAAUUGAAAAUGAAUUAAAAUUGACAGA